UUGUCAGUGUUUCGUAGCUCUUCAUAAUUUUUACCUAAAAUGUAACUCAUUAAAUAUUUGAGUCCACAUAUUUGUUUUUAUAGGUAACUCUUUGUCUUUGUUGUGACAUACAAUAUAAUUCUUGCUUCUUCUACUCACACCAGAAGCACUAGAAACAUAAGUAGAAUGGGAACCAUUGAUACAACCAAGCCUAACCUUGAUUCCACAUUCAAUGAACGCAAAGCAUUUGAUGAAACAAAAGCUGGUGUAAAAGGACUUGUUGAUGCAGGAGUUGAGAAGAUACCAAGCUUAUUCCAUCAUCAACCAGACAAAUAUGAGAUAGCCAACAAUACAAGCAAUGUUAUUCCUGUUAUAGACCUUGAUGAUAUUGAUAAUAAAGAUCCAAGUAUUCACCAAGGGAUAGUUGAGAAAGUCAAGGAAGCAUGUGAAACAUUAGGUUUUUUUCAGGUUGUUAAUCAUGGAAUCCCUUUGAGUGUUCUUGAGGAGUUGAAUGAUGGGGUGAAAAGGUUUUAUGAACAGGAUACAGAAGCCAAAAAAAGUUUCUAUACAAGAGAUAUGCAGAGAUCCUUUAUUUACAAUAGCAAUGUUGAUAUUUAUAGCUCUCCAGCACUCAAUUGGAAGGAUAGUUUUGGUUGUAACUUGGCUCCACCUGAUACUCUCAAACCAGAAGAGUUUCCUGUGGUAUGCAGAGAUAUACUGCUACGAUAUGGGAAACACAUGAUGAAUCUAGGGACUUUAUUAUUUGAAUUGUUGUCAGAAGCAUUAGGUUUGAAUCCAAACCAUUUGAAAGAUAUGGAUUGUGCUGAAGGGCUGAUUGCUCUUUGCCAUUACUACCCUCCUUGUCCUGAACCAGAAUUGACUGUCGGAACAACAAAGCAUUCUGAUAAUGAUUUCCUCACAGUGCUUCUUCAAGACCAUAUUGGUGGCCUCCAAGUUCUUUAUGACGAUAAAUGGAUUGAUAUAACACCUGUAUCUGGAGCUCUCAUAGUUAAUGUUGGUGAUCUUUUGCAGCUUAUAACAAAUGACAAAUUCAAGAGUGUUGUACAUAGAGUACUUGCCAAUACAGUUGGUCCAAGAAUAUCUGUUGCAUGCUUUUUCUCGACGGGACUUAAAGCAUCCUCAAAGCUCUAUGGACCAAUGAAGGAACUGUUAUCAGAAGACAAUCCUCCUAAAUACAAAGAAACUACUGUUGCUGAUUAUGUAGCCUACUACUUUCGAGCAAAAGGAGUAGAUGGUACUUCUGCACUUGAACAUUACAAAAUUUUUGGAGAGAAAGGUUCCAUAGUAAUUCAGAGUUCAGUUGAGAGGAAUAGAUCCUUUGUUUACAAUAGCAAUGUUGAUAUUUAUAGCUCUCCGGCACUCAAUUGGAGGGAUAGUUUUAGUUGUUACUUGGCUCCUGAUACUCCAAAACCAGAAGAUUUUCCCGCAUAUGGGAAACAAGUGAUGAAUCUAGGAACUUUACUGUUUGAAUUGUUGUCAGAAGCUUUAGGUUUGAAUCCAAACCAUCUAAAAGAUAUGGGUUGUGCUGAAGGGCUAAUUGCUCUUUGUCAUUAUUAUCCUUCUUAUCCCGAACCAGAAUUGACUGUGGGAACAACCAAGCAUUCUGAUAAUGAUUUCCUGACAAUGCUUCUACAAGACCAUAUUGGUGGUCUCCAAGUUCUUUAUGAAGAUAAAUGGAUUGAUAUAACACCUGUACCUGGAGCUCUCCUAGUUAAUGUUGGUGAUCUUCUUCAGCUUAUAACAAAUGACAAAUUCAAGAGUGUUGUACAUAGAGUAAUUGCCAAUCAAGUUGGUCCAAGAAUAUCUGUUGCAUGCUUUUUCUCCACAGGACUCAAAGCAUCUUCAAAACUCUAUGGACCAAUGAAGGAACUAUUAUCAGAAGACAAUCCUCCCAAAUACAGAGAAACUUCUGUUGCUGAUUAUGUAGCCUGCUUUCGAGCAAAAAGACUAGAUGGUACUUCUGCUCUUACACAUCACAUGAUUUGAAUAUAAUGUGGAAGAAGAAAAUUAUUACUAGCUCAUAUUAAUAAGUAAAAAUAUCAGUUCAUAUAAAUAGUUGAAUGAACUUGGUGAGUUCAUGGUGGAGUAGCUAUUAUUCAUCAAUUCCACAAGAUUAUGAUGUGAA